ACUACACGCCGGGAGAAUAUGGCCGACGUUGCGUGAUUGUUUUUCCCGUAUCGUCGUCGAGCGUCGUAGGGUGGCUGCUGACAGAGUCGCCAGCGUAUGGUAAGCGGGCCGUCGAGCCUCCUCCGCCGGGGACAGCGUGUCGCUGAGGGGCGCCGGCGGGAUCACCAUGAGCAGCAGCAGCGAGACAGGGCCAACAGCAGGGCGAGCCGGAGAUGAAGGGAUGGCUGGCCAAGUGGACCAACUACCUGAAGGGCUACCAGAAGCGAUGGUUCGUCCUCUCCAACGGGCUGCUCUCGUACUACAGGAACCAGGCGGAGAUGGCGCACACGUGUCGCGGCACCAUCAGCCUGGUGAGCGCGGUGAUCCACACCGAGGACUCCUGCAACUUCGUUAUCUCCAACGGAGGCACGCAGACCUUCCACCUGAAGGCGAGCAACGAGAUCGAGCGACAGAAAUGGGUCACCGCGCUGGAGCUGGCCAAGGCUCGUGCCGUGCGCAUGAUGGAGUCCGAGGAAGACGAAGAGCUGGACAUGCCAUCGCAGCUGGAUAAAUGUGAGCUGCUGACGGUGCUGAGGCUUCUGCAUGUCAAGCUCGAGGACCUGUCCAUGUGCAGCGAGCUCAUUGGGAAGCACGGAGCGGCAUUGCAGCGCUCACUGUCCGACUUGGAACAGCUCGAUGCAGCAGCCGCGGGUGGAGGGCCAGAGCUAGCAGCACGUGUGCGUGCUGUGAAUGAGCGCGCUACACUCUUCCGCAUCACCUCCACUGCAAUGAUGAAUCUCUGUGGCAGCGGUCUCGUCAAAAUGACCGAGUACAGGGGGAGUCUGGAGAUGGCUUCGCAGGGUAUCGAAGGCAUGUUGCUGUUCCUGACCCCAAACAAACGCUCCUGGUGCGCCCUCACCCAAGGUGCAGGAAAUGGCCUCACCGGAGAGGCAAAGCAGUGA